ACCCUCUGCGGAGUCGAGAGGCGAAUCGAAUAGGAAGAAGAGCCGAAGAGGGAGGGGCGGAGAGAGAGAGAGAGAGAGAGAGGCUUCGUCUUCGGCCUCGGCUUCGAAAGGUUGUUGAACAACUGCUUAGUGUAGACAGUUCUACUCGUAUGUGGAGUCCGAUCGCCGCCGUUCUCUUUUUUGAGCCCUAAUUCUGUCUUUCUUCGAUCGCCCCGGGAGGCGGGGGGGGCGGGAGAGAAAGAGGUCCGAUCGGAGGGUUUUGAUCCUGUGGGUGCCCGAAAUUGCGUGGCGAUCCCAUCGCAUCGGAUGGAGGGAGGAAGGGGGAUGAGCACGGGAAGGCAGACGGUACGGGACUUGGCGGAGGAGGCCAAGAAGCGGGUGGUGUUGCUCCUCAUAUGCGUCUUCGGUCUCUCCUACCUCAUGUCCUUAACUAGCUCCUCAGUUUGGGUCAACUUGCCUGCUGCUGCUGCUAUUAUCAUAUUUUGUCUUUAUUUGUCACGUGACCUGGAUAUUCGAAGGAGGAGCACAGUGUCUGACAAGCUUUCCCUUGUUGAUGAAUUUACUCAAAAGAAAUCUGUUGAACUUCUCAAAUUUUCCCUUGAAAAAUCAGACUGGAGAAAGAAGGUGGAUUCCCCUCCAGUUGAGGCAGCAAUAGAGCAAUUCACGAGACACCUAAUCUCCGAGUGGGUGGUUGAUCUUUGGUACUCACGUAUAACAUCAGACAGAGAUGGUCCAGAAGAACUAGUUGAAAUCAUGAAUGGCGUCAUUGGGGAAAUUUCUUCUCGUGCAAGAGAUAUAAAUCUUAUUGAUCUUGUGACCAGGGAUAUUGUCAACCUGAUUUGCAACCAUCUGGAGCUUUAUCGGUAUAGCCAGGCUAAGAUUGGGAAGCAGGAAAUUAUGAAGCUACCCACUGACCGGCGAGAUAUACAGAUUAAAAUUAUUUUAGCAGCUGAGAACAAGUUACAUCCAGCUUUGUUUUCUGGAGAAGCAGAACACAAGGUUUUGCAGAAUUUGGCCAAUGGGCUUAUGUCUAUAGUUUUCAAGCCUGAAGACUUGCAAUGUUCAUUCUUCCGCUAUACAGUCAGAGAGCUUCUUGCUUGCACAGUGAUUAGGCCUGUUCUGAACUUAGUUAAUCCAAGGUUCAUAAAUGAAAGGAUCGAGUCUUUGGCUCUUUCCCAUGCCAAUAAGGCUAGCAAGAAAACUGGACCAUCAGAAGAAGCACCCAUAGUCAAGCGAAAAGCACAUUCAGUACCAUCUGAUGUUCAAAUAUCUGGAUCACUGGAUCGGUCAAGUCCAGGCGUUGAACUUGUUCAGUAUAAAAAUGACACUUGCAAGACCAGUUCAGAUAAUCACAGCAUAGCUAAUGGGAUAUGUUAUACAAAGAAGGGAAAACGUCCAAACUUAGAAACAAUUGAUGACUCUUGUCCUGAUAAGUCAGAUUUUGUCUUUAAUGAAGCUCAGAAUUCUUUCUCAAAUAACUCUUUGCUAUCAGAUUCUCAAUAUCAUGAUGGAAAAAGGAAUGGUGCAAGUGAGUGGGCGGAGAUGUUGGAUGUUAUCUCCAAAAGAAAGUCUCAAGUUCUUGCACCAGAACAUUUGGACAAUAUGUGGGCAAAAGGACGAAAUUACAAAAAGAAAGAAGUCUGUAAGCCAGCAAAAUCAGUUGCACAAAAUUCAUCUGUAGGAUUUACAAACACUUAUUCUGGUACCUCAAACCAAGACAAAACACACCCAAGUGACAUAUCCAAGCAAUAUGCUAUCAUCUCCAAAGUAGAAAGUCUGCAUGCUACUGAUUAUAAUGCCUCUAACCAGUCAAACCCAUCACUUCAAAAAAGAACUGAACAGCGUAAUCAUGAAGAGCUUGAACAAGAAAGUGAAAGUUCCUACACCUCUGAGGAUGAUGAGAACAGUACCGUCAUGGGACUUGAUUCCCCUGGAACAAGAGUUUGGGAAAGCAAAAACAAAAUAAAUGCUGGUGUUUCAAGCAUAAGACAUCCUCUUGAAACAUCUGAAAGUCAUGUAGCAAGGAAAAAUAGUAAUGUUUAUGUUCACCAUCCUAGGACAUCGGGAACAUCAUCAGGAAGAAAAAGGUUUAGGUUAAGCAAUCAAAAGGUCCCACUAUGGCAGGAGGUUCAGAGGACAUCAUUUUUGUUGGGAGAUGGUCAGGAUGUGCUUAAUGCCUCAAAAAACGAUACAAAAAUAUUGGAAUUAAGUGAUGAGUCAGAUGUGGAAGUUAGGGGUAGAAUUUACAGUGGGGCUGUGGCUUCUUCUUCUUUUUCCUCUGUUUCAGCAUCUGAGUCAUCUUAUUCAUCUAUGAAGUCUCCUGAUAUCCUUGUAUUAGCGGAUACAUUUCUGAAGUUGAGAUGUGAGGUACUUGGGGCCAAUGUUGUAAAAAGUGGUUCAGGAACCUUUGCUGUGUAUUCAGUUUCUGUGACUGAUGCAAAUAACAAUAGCUGGUUUAUAAAAAGAAGGUUUCGCCAUUUUGAGGAGCUACAUCGACGUCUGAAAGAGUUUCCUGAAUAUAAUUUAAGUUUGCCACCCAAGCAUUUUUUGUCAUCUGGACUAGAUGUUCCUGUUGUUCAAGAAAGAUGCAAGCUUCUUGAUGUAUAUUUGAAGAGGCUUCUUCAGAUUCCAACCAUAUCAGAGUCUAUAGAGGUCUGGGAUUUUCUCAGUGUUGAUUCACAGACAUAUGUUUUCUCAGAUUCUCUCUCCAUCAUCCAAACAUUAUCAGUGAAUCUUGAUGUUAAGCCACAUGAAAAGAGUGCGAAAAGUUUUGAUUCCAUUGAAGAUGUCAAUAGCCAGUUAUUUUCUGCAGAGAAAAAUCAAAAUUAUGAGAUCAAAGACAGUGCUACACCAAUGAGUAAGAGUUACCCUGAAUCUGAUGGUUUAAGACUGAGAAAACCAUAUAUGGAGAAAAUUUCAGGUCCAGAUACUAGAAAGGAGCAGAAGAAUUCAUGUCAGGACAAGACAGGAAGUGAUCCAGAAAGUAGGCUUGGGAAGAAUGUUCCAUCUACUGGCAAAUCCGACCAGCUAAAGAAACACUCAGUAGUGGGAGUUGAGACUUUGCAAGAGAGCUCUAAAAGUAUUCAUUCUGGUGGGGCCUUCAGCAUUCCGACUGAAUGGGUGCCAGUGCCUCCAAAUUUGACUAUUCCCAUAUUGAAUUUAGUAGAUGUAAUUUUCCAGCUGAAGGAUGGCGGUUGGAUCAGGCGCCAAGCUUUUUGGAUCGCUAAGCAGUUAUUACAGUUGGGAAUGGGGGAUGCUUUUGAUGAUUGGCUUAUUGAGAAAAUCCAGCUUCUUAGAAGGGGAGUGGUAAUUGCUUCUGCUAUCAAGCGUAUUGAGCAAAUUCUCUGGCCUGAUGGAAUUUUUUUAACUAAACAUCCUAAACGAAAAGCUCCAACACCAGUUUCUUCACCGGGCACUCAGAACAACCAAAACGCUAAUCCAUUGACUACUGAACAACAGCUAGAAGCUGAUCGCCGGGCAAAAUUCGUUUAUGAACUAAUAAUAGAUAAAGCACCAGCUGCUUUGGUAAGUCUUGUUGGCAGAAAGGAAUACGAGCAGUGUGCUCAGGAUAUAUAUUUCUUUCUUCAGUCCCCUGUUUGUUUGAAGCAGUUUGCACUAGAACUUCUGGAGCUUCUGUUUUUGUCAGCAUUUCCUGAACUCAAUGAUGUUGUAAGGCGAUGCCAUGAAGAUAAUCAGCAGCUGGAAUCAGAAAUCAAUCAAUGAACACUCUUAUACAGGACCAUGACUGAUGAUUCAUGGGGGGUGGACCGGGUGGUAUGCUUGUUUGGACCAAAGUGGUGGGUGAGUUGCCGACUCUCAUCAGUAAAUACCGUCAUGAAAUCUGGCAAGACCAUGACUGAUGAUUCGUCGAUGCAUUUACUUGGGAAAUAUUGUGCAUAAGCAUUAAGGUAUUGGCUUGCAUACCUAGAAGCUGGUUUCUCCUGGCUGCAAGUCGGAGAUUUUUGAGCGCUUGGUCUGGUAAUUAUAGCAAAAGUUUUGUAUUUUUCUGUUGAAUGGUGCAGUUAUAUAGUAUUCCUUGGCUCUUCAUCUGCAAGAAGCCCUUUUUUCUGUUUUUUUUCCGGGGGUUAUGGAGGCCUAAUUGUAUAGUCUUUUGUUUCUUUUUUUUUAUAAUGUUUUUAAAGAUUUCGGCACGUGAUUCAGUAACCAAAUCAGUGGUGUAAAGAUGACGGAUGUGAUUGGAACACGUAAUCUCCAACUUAUUUAA